AUGGAAAGGGGCCUCAGACAAGGUGAUCCUCUCUCCCCUUUCCUGCUUGUUCUUGUUGUUGACGUUCUGCAUAGGAUGAUGGGGGAGGCGGUUAGAAAUGACAGAAUUUCUUCACUGCUGGUUGGAAGGGACAAUAUAGAAUUGUCGCAUCUCCAAUUUGCAGAUGACACAAUCUUAUUUUGUCCACAGGAAACGGAGACACUAGUGAAUUAUAAAAGGCUCCUGCGUUGUUUUGAGUUAAUGUCUGGCCUGAGUAUCAACUUUGAAAAGUCGAGCCUAAUUUCAGUCAAUUGUGAGAAGGAAUGGGUGACGAAUAUGUGUGAUCUGUUGGGAUGUGCCGAAGCGGUAUUACUUGUCAGAUAUUUAGGAAUUUCUCUUGGCGCUAAUCCUCGCCUGUCGGUUUACUACUUAAGCUUGUAUAAGAUGCCAAAGGGGGUUGCAGAAAAGAUCAUUGGACUUCAAAGAAGGUUCUUGUGGGGUAAAGAAGAUGGGAAUAACGGGAUACCACUGGUGAAAUGGAUCCGUAAUAGAGAACUGUGGGUUUUGGGAUGGGCUAGAAUGGGUAUAGGACUUCCAAUGGAGGAGACAACUCUUCCAAUGGGAGUUAGAGUUGCUCAAUCAACUUCACGACCGGUUAUGGGUGGUAAGGUGUGGUGUGCUUGGUUGACGUUUACUGAUAGCGCAUGGACCACCCCAGGAACCGUUAAAGAGUUCUUUGAGAGCUGGACUGGAGUAACAGGUGGCAAGUCUGAGCAAAAGAAAUGGCUGAUAGGAUUCUAUGCGGUUAUUUGA